AUGGGAGAAGCACCCCGGUCCUGGAUGGACUCACGUUGUAUCGAUGACUACCGGCCGCUGCGUGUGAUUGUCGUGGGCGCUGGCAUCUCGGGCAUCCUGGCAUCGAUUCGUCUCCCUCAAAGGAUACCAAAUCUGUCACUCCAGAUAUACGAAAAGAACUCAGACAUUGGGGGUACAUGGUUUGAGAACAAAUAUCCAGGCUGCGCGUGCGACAUUCCCGCUCACACAUACCAAGCGACAUUUGAGCCAAACCACGAAUGGUCGCAAUUCUAUGCAAGCUCCAAAGAAAUCCACCAGUACUGGAAGAAAGUGGUGGCCAAGUACAAUUGCAUGAGACAUAUCAAACUCAACCAUCAAAUUGUGAAGGCCGACUGGAAUGAUCGACAGGGCAAGUGGCACGUACAGGUCAAGAACACUCAGGAUGGCAGCGUGCUGGAAGACUCCUGCGACGUACUGGUCUCGGCGACUGGUGCUCUGAACGAUUGGAAAUGGCCUCAAAUCCCCGGCCUUCUAGACUUCAAGGGCAAGUUGUUGCAUAGCGCCAGCUGGGAUGAGACUUUUGACUGGACCGGCAAAAGACUCGCUGUCAUUGGAAACGGCUCCAGUGGCAUACAAAUCGUGCCGGCAGUGCUACCCAAGUCCGCCCACAUCGACCACUACAUCCGGGGAAGGACAUGGCUUUCACCAACGUUUGCCAGAGAGAAAGUCGACUUGAUGGGCAAAGGCUUGGAUAACUUUUCGUUCUCGCCUGAAGACAUCAAGCGAUUCCAGACCGACCCGGAUUUUUACGAAAAGUUCAGGAAGGACAUCGAGCUCGAACUCCAGACCGUCCACGCCGUAACGAUGAGGGGCACGCCUGAACAAUUGGGGGCCGUGGAAGUGUUCACGGAAAACAUGAAGAGAAGAUUGGCGGGCAAGCCAGCUCUUGUGGAUACUCUGAUGCCCUCGUUUCCCCCAGUCUGUCGGCGCUUGACUCCAGGACCUGGCUACCUUGAGGCGCUCACAGACCCAAAGGUGGACGUGAUCACGACGGGAAUCCAAGCAGUCGACGCCGAGGGCAUCAUCACGACAGACGGUCAACAUCAUCCCGUCGACGCCAUCAUCUGCGCGACGGGCUUCGACACGACAUUUUGCCCUCGCUUCCCUAUCACGGGGAAAGGUGGCGCCAGCCUGGCCGACAAGUGGAAGGACGUGCCCUCGACGUACCUGUCACUCGCCACGGACGAGUUUCCGAACUACUUCAUCUCUCUGGGUCCGAACUCGGCGCUGGGGUCGGGCAAUCUGCUGCUCCUGAUCGAGAAGGCGAUCGACUACAUGACGUUCUGCCUGGCAAAACUGCAGAGGGACAACAUCCGAAGCAUGGCGCCACGGGCCGAGGCCGUCGAAGCAUUCGUCAAGUACUGCGAUGAAUACUUCCAGACCACCGUGUUCACCCUGGACUGCCGGAGUUGGUACAAAGGUGGCACGUCCGACGGGAGGGUCAGCGCCCUCUGGCCGGGGUCGUCGCUGCAUGCCAUGAAAGCCCUGGCCCAUCCGAGAUGGGAGGAUUUUGUUUACGAGUACGAGAACGACAAUCCUGGCGCGUGGAUCGGGAAUGGCUGGACGGUCGACGAGAGGGAUAAGAAGGUCAAGGUGGAUUAUCUGAACAGGGAUCGAAUCGACUUUCCUCCAUGUUCGCUGUGAUGUGAUUGAUGGGGCAUUGAUUUGAUUACUCGCAUCAUUCUCGUAGUCAUCGGACAGGCGUUUCUGGAGCAUCUUGGACCGGCGGUGGAGAGGCUCACUAGGCGGUGGGAUGGAGAUGUUAGAUUUGCAAUACCCAGGUGUGUCGUAUGCAGGCUGACGACGAGGAACAUCUUGUAUAUACUACUCGUGGUAGCUGCGGCAAAUACCAUUGUAGUUCUCAG